AUGACGGUGUUGCCAUAUAGUGGUCCUCAAGAGUUUCUGAAACUGCAGAUGGGCGACUUAGGCCCAGGCGACUACCGCCUCUCAGUGUCCGGCUGGACGUUGACGCGGCCGGAGGUGCAGUUCCGCAACUCGUCCGCGCUGCGUUUCGAGCCCAAGUCGCUGUCGGUGUUCGUGGAGACGGACAAGCCGGUUUACGGGCCCGGGGACCUGGUGCGCUUCAGGGCCGUCAUCGUGGGGCCCAGCCUGCGUCCCACCGUCACUGGGGCCAUCGACGUCCACGUCGAGGACGGGGGCGGUGUUGCCAUCCAGCGGUUCCCUCGCGUGUUCACCACACGCGGCGUCUUUGCUGAGGAGGUCCAGCUGAGUCCUGAACCCGUGCUGGGCAACUGGACCAUCGUCGUCUCCGUGCUGGGCCAGGAGUACCGCGGGGGGUUCUACGUGGCCCAACUCGUGCCCCCGAAGUUCGAGGUGCUACUGGGGGCCCCCGACCACCUCAGCCUACAGGACCAGCUUACAGUUACUGUAGCUGCCCAUUACCCCCACGGCCGCCCCAUCGUGGGGGAAGUUACCCUGCAAGUUACCCCGCGUUACCAGUACAAUUACCUUCAGGCCCCAUACGACCAGCCCUACAGCGUAGUUACCCCUAUUGAGGGCAAGACAAGUGUUACCCUAGACCUCGUGAAGGACUUGGGGUUUAGGAACGCCACGCGUGACGUCACCGUCCACCUCUACCCCAACCGCAUGACCUUCACCCCCACCUCCCCCACCUUCAAGCCCGGCCUCCCCUACACGGCCUACGUGAGUACCCCCACCUCCCCCACCUUCAAGCCCGGCCUCCCCUACACGGCCUACGUGAGUACCACCACCUCCCCCACCUUCAAGCCCGGCCUCCCCUACACGGCCUAUGUCAGUAAAAACCCCUUCCCCCCAGGCCUGGUGCAGCUGGUGUUGUCCCCACCACUGGAGGGCCCGGGCCCCACGUACACGCUGGGCCUGGAGGCGACGUAUGGGGCCCUCACCCAGUGGCUGGGGGAGGUGCCCCGGGCCCACAGCCCCACGGGGGCCUUCCUGCAGGCCAGCGUCCUCACCCCCGCCCCCACCGUAGGGGAGGAGGUACUGGUUGCCCUGAACGCGACGGAGCGGCUGGGGUACUUCACGUACCAGGUGCUGGCGCGGGGCGAGGUACUGUACAGCAGUACCCUGCAGGCCCACCGGGGUACUUCCCAUGCCUUCAGGUUCAUCGCCAGUCCCCCCAUGUUCCCCCGCGCGCGCCUGCUCGUCCACUACGUGCGGCCCGAUGGGGAGGUCGUCGCUGACGCCGUCCACUUCCCCGUCGCCAGGGGAGGCCGUGACAAGGUGGUGGUGUCGGUGACACCAACACAGGUGGACGCGGCCACCGGCGGCCGUGUGGCCAUCACGGUGGCCGCCAAGCCCAACAGCCUCGUGGGCGUGUCCUCCAUGGACGCCAGGACGGCGGCCAUGUUGGGCGCCAACCACAGGAUGGACGCCACGUCCAUCAUGGACGAGCUCGAGACUUAUGAUCCUGGCCUCCGUGAUGGACAGUCCGUCGGCCAUAUCGAGGGUCUCAUCCGGCGGACGAAACGGGACGGACAAACAAGCGCUUUGUCCUUCUCGUGGGCGGAGGACAGAGAAAAACGCGCCUCUGAUUGGGCGCUAUUGGGACAAGAGCCCCAAACUUCGGGACUCGGGCCCCAAACUUCGGCCCGUCCUAACUUCUCAGGUGACCAGAAGUUCUGGGCGGGAGGUCCGCCCGUCACGUCCACCGAGGGCGGCGACGUUUACUCGUCCAUGGACGUCGAAUGGACGUCUUACGCCCUGCUAACGUACGUCGCCCGUGGGCUGACGUCGGGGGCGGCACCCGUGGCACGUUGGCUGACGGCGCAGCGCCGCACGGGCGCCGCGUUCACGUCCACGCACGACAGCGUCGUGGCCACGGCCGCCCUGGCGGCCCUGGGGCAACUCUGGAGCGACCGUGCCAGCGGGGAGACCACGGUCAAGGUGGUGUACGGGGAGAGGGGACAUCGCUUCGCCAUAUCCCCGGGCAACUCCCGCAACCUGCAGACAUUGAAGCUGCCGGAGACCACCGCGUCCAUCGACGUGUCCGCCAGUGGCAACCACCUGGCCAUCGUCCAGCUGACCUACUCCUACAACGUCAAGGUUUCGGCCCCCCGCCCCGCGUUCUCCUUGGACCCCCAACUGGACCGCACCACCGACACCCACACCCUGCGCCUCACCACCUGUACGGGCCUCAUCCAGCGCCCCACCACGGGCCCCACCACCACAAAUACCACCAGGAAUAAUGUCCCCCAGGAGGGGGAGGCGAGUGGGAUGGCGGUGAUGGAGGUGGCCCUCCCCUCGGGGUACAUCGUGGACCACGACACCCUCCCAGGGCUGUACGACUACCCCGGGGUUCGCAGGGUUGAACCCCUGCGGGGGGACGACGACCCCCCCGGGGGUGAGAUCAGGCGGGGGGUCGCCAUCUACUUCGACUCCCUCACCCCCGCCGAGGCUUGCCCCACCGUCGUCGCCUCCAG